GAAUGACAGACAAACAUCACUCAAAGUUUAAAACCAAGCAUUUUUGUAUCAACAAACAAAGUUCACAUUAAGUAAAAAUGGGUGCUUUGACGAAAAUCCGUCAUUUACCGGAACAGUAUCCAAUGGUCCGUGGCAUGGUGUCGUAUGCCAUCAUCUGGCCGACGUGCAGCAUAACCCAGGAGUAUUUGGAACGUGGAACGACCAUAGACCAGGCGGACUGGGCCCGGGCUGCUCGCUUCGGGUUCUUCGGAGCUUUCUGCAUGUCUCCUGUGUUCUACUGCUGGAUGAAGUACACUAGUCGGUUCUUCAGGAAGAACUGUAUUGUGUCUGCUAUAAAGAGAGCUGCCAUCGAACAGAUAACUUACGGUCCCCUAGCAUUAACCUAUUUCUACUUCGGAAUGAGUUUACUCGAAAUGAAACCGAUCAGCGCUUGCGUUACGGAGGUGAAAGAGAAGUUCUGGCCGACCUACAAGACGGGAGUGUUUUACUGGCCCUUGGUACAGACGUUAAACUUUUAUUUUAUCGCAGAAAACAAUAGGAUUAUCUUCGUAAGCGCCGCUAGCUUCAUCUGGACAGUAUAUCUAUCGCAUAUGAAGUCAAAGUCUGUGUCAGAGCGACCGAAAUGAGAAAUUGUAAUCUGAAAUGACAAAGUGUAUUUAAUUAUGUUAGUUACAAGUUAUUUUUGUAUAUGUAACACUAUUUUUAUGUUAAGAUUUAAAUAUAUUGGUU